GAGCCAACUCAACCCAGUCACUCUCUAAACAAUCGUCAUGUUCUCCCGCAUCUUUGCCGUUGCUGCCUUCGCUGCUCUUGCUAUUGCUGGACCUCUCGAAGUUCGUGGUGGCUCCACUCAGUGCGACACUGGUGCUCUCUCGUGCUGCAACCAGGUCCAGAGCGUCCAGAGCUUGUUCGACAAUGCCGGCUUCAUCGGUGCUGACAUCCCGGUCAGCGCUCUCGUUGGUGUUAGUUGCACCCCUGUCACCGUUCUUGGCACUGGCAGUGGUGCUCAGUGCAGCACUCAGCCCGUCUGCUGCACCAGCAACAACAUGUAUGGCACUGCCAACAUGGGCUGCAUGCCCGUUAAUGUCAAUGCUUAAGUACUUUAUGUUGUGAGUAUCUGCAAUAGUUCCGGAAUGAUGGUGACUGCUCAACGUGAGUUGACAUGUUAAUGGUCAUUUGUAAGUUUACUGUUUUCUCAGGCCCCACCAUAUAGAAUGGUGGGGAAAUGAUAUACCGGCGUCUGUCUCCCUUUGUGUAGUGUCAUGAUACUUUUAAGGUUACGAAUGUCGGUAACAGUCUGUUAAAGCACAUUGGGUGCUGUUCACCCUCCAAAGUUGAAGUCGAAGUUUUUGACUUCGACUUCGGCAAUGUAGUCAUGUGAUGAUUAUAUAAGCUGUGCAUGCCUAUGUGAAUGUGAAGUUCCAAGUUUUGGGCUUCUGCUUCAGUAAUGUAGUCAUGUGAUGAUUAUAUAAG